UGCGAAACCACACCAAGAAUAGUACGAUUGCGUCCGUAAAGCCACGAUGAGGCAAGUCCAAGCAUCUCUUGCCCUAUCCGAACUCCGAAAUCCUCAUCAGUUCAUUUCAUUUCAUUUUUCCUUGGGCACACAAUUUCCAAAGCUCUCACUUGGAACAACAGUCUUUUACGAACAACAGAAUUCUUGUUUCACCAUGGCAACUAAUCACCACAUCAACGCAAUGAACCUCAACAGCAAGGCGAUUGCCCACUUGCUCCAGGGAAACUACUACGAGUGCAUGUUGGCACUCAAGUUUGCCCUCCAGACCUUUCGAAUGGAACUGCCUCCAUCCUCCGAUGGCUCCACUCAGCAGCAUCAGCCAAGACUAUCUUUGACCACUCGUACCGUUUCUGUUCCCACCGGAUCUUCUCAAGCUUGUGCAGGCGCCUUUGCCGUUUUCAAUGGCGCCUUUAUCUUUGUGAAGGACAAUAGCAACGACAGCCAAGAUUUAGUGGACCAUCACCUCAUUCCCGCGGUUCUCUUGUUCAACUUGGGUCUCUGCCACCAUCAUGAAGCCAUGCGCGAUUCCGGGUGCUGCUCCAUUGGAUUGGAGAUGGCAAGGCGAUGCUACAGCCACGCUUUGACCUUGCUGGAAACCUUCUCUGACGAUCUUCGCCAAGCUGAUAUGCUCUUGUUGGCCGCAUUGGCCAACAACAUGGCCCAGAUCGCAUCGAACUUUAUGGAUACCCAGAGCACUCAUAUCUUUGGCAAGAUGUUGGGAGACAUCUUGGACCACACUGAUAUGGAGGCGCAACUGGAGGAAGAGGAUGCUCACGUCUUCUUCUCUUUGAAUCUGAUGAUUGUAACAGAGCUGAACUUGCACGGUGUUGCCCCAGCGGCAUGAGCAGCCAACUCGAUGACAUCCUCCACAUUCCAUUCUGUACUAUUAGUUACAACAGCCACCCAAUAAAUAGUUCACAUCAUACAUGACUUG